UCGGGGGCUCCAGGCUGCGGGGCGGACGCAGCGCCUAGCGAUCCACCGCGGAGCCGCGCGAGGCCGCCCGAGCCCGAGCCCGAGCCCCAGCCCCAGCCCCGAGCCCCGAGCGAGCGCUGCCGCCGCCUCUCGCCAGCCGGUCCCCGGACGCGCCGCCGCCGCCACCGCCGGGAAGGCAGCCUGUGCCGAGCAAGUUGCGAGUGCGCUUCUCCUCCCGGGGAAAGUUUACCCCGCGGCCGCCGACGGGAGUUGGCGCGGGAUCCGGCCACUGCCGCUGGAAGAGUUUAUCCUGAAGCUACCAUCAGAAAGAGACUUCAAGAGAAUCUUGACACCCCUGAACGGAAAAGACACCAGUUGAAAGAGGUGGGCAUCUCCCGGACAGCCCCGAGCUUGCAGGGAGCAGACCUUCCGACCCCAUCAUCCAAGCUACGUGAACCUUUUGAAUUUGAACUUCUAAAAACGUGGGCACAAUCUUUUUCCAGACUUCUCGACGCAGGCUACCCAGGCCGAGGCACAUUUCCCUAGGAGGGAGGAUCCCCCCGUCUGUUGGAAUAAUGAGAUCUGUGCAAGGCUCUCUGCCAUCUGAGUCUGAGGCCAUCCUGGAGGAGGUUCCCUUUGGACCAAGCAGGAGGGAGGCAAUGAGUGAGGACAAGCUGGGCCAAUAAAGGAAAUAUACAGGAACCCCUCUGACCAAGAGACUGUCCUGCUGACAUCAGAAGAACUGCCAUUUUUGCCAGGGGGAGCACCAUGGAAGGCGACUGUCUGAGCUGCGUGAAGUAUCUGAUGUUUGUAUUCAAUUUCUUCAUAUUUCUGGGUGGGGCCUGCCUGCUGGGCAUCGGCAUCUGGGUCAUGGUGGACCCCACCGGCUUCCGGGAGAUCGUGGCCGCCAACCCCCUGCUCAUCACGGGCGCCUACAUCCUCUUGGCCAUGGGGGGCCUGCUUUUUCUGCUCGGCUUCCUGGGCUGCUGCGGGGCCGUCCGGGAGAACAAGUGUCUGCUGCUGUUGUUCUUCCUGUUCAUCCUGACCAUCUUCUUGGCGGAGCUCUCGGCGGCCAUCUUGGCCUUCAUCUUCAGGGAAAACCUCACCCGCGAAUUCUUCACCAAGGAGCUCACCAAGCACUACCAGGGCAACAACGACACGGACGUCUUCUCUGCCACCUGGAACUCCGUCAUGAUCACGUUUGGUUGCUGCGGGGUCAACGGGCCUGAAGACUUUAAGUUUGCAUCAGUUUUCCGACUCCUGGCUUUGGACAGUGGCGAGGUGCCGGAGGCCUGCUGCCGGAGAGAACCCCAGAGUCGGGACGGGGUCCUGCUGAGCAGGGAGGAAUGCCUCCUGGGAAGGGACCUGUUCCUGAACAAGCAGGGCUGUUACACGGUGAUCCUCAACGCCUUCGAAACUUACGUCUACCUGGCCGGAGCCCUCGCCAUAGGGGUGCUGGCCAUCGAGCUUUUUGCCAUGAUCUUUGCCAUGUGCCUCUUCCGGGGCAUCCAGUAGAGGGUGUGGCCUGAAGAUUGAAGACUCACCCCACCCACCACUGCCCAGCACCCAAUGCCCUCCCCUCCCCCUCACCCCUGCCCUCUUGGCCCUGGGGGAGGAGGUGAGGCCAUGAUGAGUGGCCAGGAAAUGGGGCAGAGGAAAAUAGCUAUUUUUUUAACAAAACAAAAUGAAGGCAAAAAUAUGGACUGAUGUAGCCCGUCUGGACUCCGGAAUGGGCGCCAUGGGGUUCUCCGCAGGGGCCCGGGCACCUGAACCCAGGAUGCAGUCUGCACUAGAGACCAAAGCAACACCAGGGCCAGGCCCCCUCCUUGGUGCAGGCAGAUCUGGCAGCCCGGGACCUGGGCCCUCAACUCACAGCUUCAGGAUCUGGUGCCAAGGAAGUAAUAAGGAUUUAGGCAAGAAGGAGGCAAAAGAAAAUUGUGGAGAAAGGUUGGCAAAGCCCAGGGGCCCUGAGGAGACCUGGUCACCAUGUCCUUGAGGACUUGGAACCUACUUGGAGUCCCUGGUCCUCCGAGGAUGGAGUUGUCCCUGCCUCAGGCCGGGGCCAAGAGUGGGCUGCAGAUGCUGGAUCCAAGGAUGGCCCAGCCGGUAGGGUCCGUGCUUCCCCAUCUGUUGGAGCAAAUAAUCUGGAAAGCCCAGAGAGGAGCAGUUUCUCAUCCACAGUCACACAGCACAUGCGUGACAGUUCUGGACAAGAACGCCGCCAUCCCCAGGCUGACUGUCACUCCUUCCAAGGCUCUGUUGGUCCCAGCAGACCUACUGCUCACACCCCUCCCUGGCCUCUGCAUCCUGGUUUCCCCAGAAGAGAGCGGGCAAGCUGGUCAGGAAUUGCCUCUUCCCGGCUCCACAGCUAAGAAAAUUCUGGACUCUGCCCUCCCUGCUCUCCCUGCCACCUCCCCACACUUUUCUCUAAGUCCCAGGAACACACACAUGCACACACACCACAGCCCCUUUUCUACACUGCCCACCUUUCCUCCACCAGCUCCACCAACUCCCUGGCCCCCAGGGCUGGAAGGAACCCCCAAGAUCAUCUGGUUCUCCUCUCCUCACUCAGAACUGCCAUUCGGAUGUCUUCCAAAAGAUCCCUGCCAAGACUUCUCCACCUUCUUCUUGCACACCUCCAAGGACGGGGAGCUUACUACCUCCCAAGACAGGCUUCUCUUUGGACUGCUCUGACUUUAGCAUCAGCUCAAUACACGGAAGAGGUUUCUGUUUUUCUGUGGUUCUGUCCAUGGCAUCCCACUUGCUCUCUCUCCUUCCCAAAGCGUUAAGGCCACACAUUGUCCCCCCGAGCCCCGUUAUUUCCAGGCUAAAGAGGUGCCCCAGGGCACCUCAUCAUUUCUGCUGUGACACGGUUUUCCUGUCCCUUCGCUGUCCAUAGCACAUUUCUGAGUGUUUCCUCCAGGAUCUGGCAGGGAGAGGUUUCCCCACAGACUCACACCCACACAGCACCCACAAAUCAGCCCCUCAUAUGCAGGUCUCAAAUUCUAGACCAGUGUUAGCAACCGUAUUGCAAGAUGCCUCGACCCUGAUCAAUCAGGAGCGACUGCCAGAGGCUGUGCAGAGAAUCUGAGGCUUGGUCUGGACUCAAUGGGGGAGGACAGUGUAAUCUUGAUUAGUGAUGUCUGCCAAGCAACUCAAGCUUGUUGAGGGAUGGGUGUGGAAGGGACAGUAUGGUGCCCGUUCUCCUCUUUUCAUUGUCCCUCUUCAGGGUCUGGGAAGAGCCCAUUCUAUCUCAAAGGCCCUGUGCCAGCUUCCAGCCUCCCCUCCAGCUUUCCAGCCACUGGGAGACAGAGCAGUGGCCUAGAGCCCAGUGUUCCCCUGCUCUGCCACCUACCCCCUUCUGAGAUGCAGCCAGAGCUCUGUGCCUGCUGUAAAGAUUUGGUUUGACCCUCCCCCCAUUUCUCCCCUUCCCCCUUGCGCUCACCCUGCUGUCCUCACCAGUCCUGGCCCAUUCUGGGCUGGGUCUUUCCAUAUUGUCCCUGUAUCAGUCUGCCCUGGCAACUCCAUAAAUGUUAUGAACUCCCUAGCGACUGGGCAACCCCAGGACCCAGGGGGCCGUGCAGCUUGUACCCCAGCGCAGGUCUCUAGACCACCCACAAAUUGGCUCCAACUUCCUGGCAGAGGCAAAGGGCUGGCAUGAGGUUGA